AUGGCCACUUCCGAAUCCAAGAAGCGGUCCAAGUCCAAGACCAAGGAGGUCAAGGACGAGGUCGCCGUCGAAGACGUCGCCGCCGCAUCCCCCGAACCGAAGAAGAAGAAGUCCAAGAAGGUCAAGGAAGAGGUUACCGAAGAAGUCGCCGACGCGCCUGGACCCAAGAAGAAGUCCAAGAAGACCAAGGUGGAAGUCGUCGAGGAGGAGGUCGCCGACGCCGCCUCCCCCGAACCCAAGAAGAAGUCAAAGUCCAAGUCCAAGAAGACCGACGACGAAGACGAAGCCGCCGCCGCUUCGUCCGACAAUGACGACACCGCCGACAAGCCCUCCAAGAAGCGCAAGUCCUCCACCGCCGACGUCGAGGAGAUCGAAGUCGACCUCGAGGCCCCGGAGCCGCCCUCGAAGCGCGCCAAGCGCGCGCUCAAGAAGGGCAAGAAGCUGCCGCCCAAGCUCGACAGCGACGACGAGCGCGAGGCCAAGAAGAAGAAGGAGAAGGAGGACAAGGCGGAGGCCGCGAAGCGCUCCGAGCACGGCGUCUGGGUCGGCAACCUGCCCUUCUUCGUGACGGCGGACGAGCUGCGCAAGUGGCUGAUGGCCAACUCGGGCGAGAUGAUCACCGAGAGCAGCAUCACGCGGCUGCACAUGCCGACGACCAAGGUCGCCGGCCGCGAGAAGCCGAACAACAAGGGCUUCGCGUACGUCGACUUUGACGACGUCGCGCCCAAGAUCGCGGCGCUCGCGCUGACGGAGGCGGAGCUGGGGCACCGCAAGCUGCUGAUCAAGGACGCGCGGUCGUUUGAGGGGCGGCCGAAGAAGGAGGCGGAGACGGCGGCGGAGGGCGGUGCUGGGGGUAAGGCGGCGGUGAAGGAGGAGGUGCCGACGAGCAGCAAGAUUUUUGUGGGCAACCUGAGCUUCAAGACGACGGAGGAGGACGUGCAGCAGCACUUUGAGAAGUGCGGGCAGAUCGACUGGGUUAAGGUCGCGACGUUUGAGGACUCGGGCAAGUGCAAGGGGUACGGAUGGGUCAAGUUCAGAGAGCCCGAGUCGGCAGGCUGGGCUGUCAAGGGAUUCGUCAAGAUCAAGGAGGAGAUCGAGACGGAGGAGGACUUUGUCGAGGAGAAGAGCAAGGACGAGGAGGGCGACGAGGAGAUGAAGGACGGGGGUGAUGACGAGGAGGAGGGAGAGGAGAAGAAGCAGAAGAAGAAGCCGGUCGAGGAGCAGAAGGUCAAGACGAGGAAGUGGUGGGUGAACAAGCUGCUUGGCCGUCCGCUCAAGAUUGAGCUGGCGGAGGACGACCAGACGCGGUACAAGAAGCGCUUCGGCAAGGGCGCGCCCAAGAGGGAGCAGCAGGAGGGCGGUGAGACGGAGGGAGAGGUGCGGGAGAGGAAGCCUCGUCCUGCCAAGCCGGCGGGAGAGCUCAAGGCGCAGGACGAUCUGAUGGUUGCGAGACUGACGGGUGCUGCGGCCAAGCACACCGGUACCAAAAUCACGUUUGAUUAA